AUGAGGAGGGAGAUCAAGGCGGCGGUUGAGGAACAUAGAAACUGCGACUGGGCUGACCUAGUCGCCACCCUCAACCCACAGGACGGCAAUGCUUGGCGAGUCGUCAAGUCUUUCCUGCGCCGGCGGCAGCAAGUCCCACAGCUGCAGGCUGGGCAGAUGGUCGUCUGCAGUCCAGACGGGAAAGCAGGAUUGUUGGCCGACCACUUCGAGUCGUCGUUCACCUCAGUGGAUGACAAUCUCGAUGUGGCCCACAUUGUGGAGGAAGAGCUCCCCAUCUUCCUAGCAGCGGAGCCCACAAUCUACCCAGCCAGGGGACAGCCGGACGUGCUCGAUGUCACAGUCAUAAAAGGCAUCGGGCACCACACGACCGCCUCCACAUGGUGUGCACUGUCGUCAGACCACCUGCCGGUGGUCUUCGACAUAGAUGUCGCCGGAGCCACACUGCCACCACGCCGACAGACGUACCGGCGCAUGGACUGCGAGCGCUUCCAGGAGAUGGUCUUGGAAUCGAUCGUGAACACACCCGAUCCAGACUGCGUGUCCUCUCCCGCCACCUACUGGCUCAGGGACUUCUCCCGCAACCUACCGCCUCCGAUAUGGAAAGCAAUCAGGGAGAAGAACAGGCUGUUCCGGGAGUGGCAGCUCACCCGCCAACCUGCGACGGAGCGACGCCUCAAUCGCAUGCGGAGAGACAUCAAAGCAGUGGCUGAGGUUCACAGGAACAGCGUGUGGUCGGCCUUCGUCGCCUCCCUCAACCCAGAGGACGGCAGCAUCUGGCACACGGUGAAGUCGUUCCUGCGCCGACGACAGCGCAUACCACCAAUACUGUUUGGGCAAGACGUCGUCUGCAGCCCAGACGGAAAAGCAGGUGUCCUGGCGGACCAAUUCCAAUUGUCAUUCACCCCGGUGGACGACAAUCUGGAUGAAGACCACAUCCAACGGGUAGCCGAGCAACUCCCAGUGUUCCUGGAGGCAAGGGACGACUGGGACGUCAUUGAAGCCAUCUCCAAGGCGGAGGUGGCCGCACAGCUGAAGGCGCUCAAUACUAGGAAGGUCAGAGGUGCUGAUGGGGUCACCAACCACCUGCUGAGGAACCUUCCAGCAAACCCCUCAGGCCAAUUCGUACCGUGA